AUGAGAGAGUGCAAAAAGUGCAAGUCGAACGAGUACACCAACAAGCAGCUCGUGAUGAUGAUCAACGAGUGUGGACAUCCGCUGUGCAAAAACUGUGUGGACAACAUCUACGCACUGAACAGCGGCAAUUGCCACGUCUGCAAUCGUCUUCUGCGAAAAAACGGCUUUCGAGAGCAGAUUUACGACGAUCCGCUUAUCGAUAAGGAGACUUUUCUGAGAAGAAAGCUGCGAAAAAUCUAUAAUCUCAAACAGGACGAUUUUGAGACACUGAGAGAGUUUGGCGACUAUCAGGAGAGGAUUGCUGGAAAUGAGCUGAAAAUAGCCAAAUUGGCUGAAAAUUGGGCAAAAAAUGGCAAUGAGCUAGAAUGGUACACAAAAAUAACUGAAAAUUGCAGAUUCGAGACGCUCGUCUACAAUUUGGUGUUCGAAACGGACGUCGUUGAGACGAACGCCGAGAUUCAGGCGUUCGAGGAAAAGCACAAGGAGCAAAUUGAUCGAAAUAAGAGAAGACUCGACGAGGACCAAAAAUGGAUCGAAGAUCAGCUUCGUGAGGAGCGGGCCAUGAAAAGCCGCUUGGUGGAGCAUAUGGAGACGGAUGCGCGCGAAAAGGAGAAUACGACUGCCGUGACGGAUACUCGAGCCAUCAUGGAUGAGCUCCGGGAUUCCAACGUGGCCGCCGAGGUGAUUCUGGAUCGUGAACGAAAGAAACAGAUUGAGAAGGAGCUGGAGGAGAAGGAUGAGCAAGAAAAGAGGAAAAGAAGGAAUAAGGAAAUGCUCCAGACGCGGAAACGGGCUGCGGAGAAUAUGUCGUUUAAUACGGUCAUUCGCAUUGCUGGCAGGGCUUAUGUUCAUCAGCCACUGGAACUCGUCAUCAACGGACCGCCAAUGCCAAAUUCGGCUGAAAUCGAAUCGAUGGGCUAUUUGGCACAUAUUCGUGCCGCUUCUCAGGACCUCAUCGCUGGCGGCUAUACAUCUGCGCUCGGCUGCUCUCGUGCCCUCUUCGAGGCACGCAUCGAUUUGUUCGCCUUCUAA